GUUGUUCUUCGGAUACACAAUCUCCCUUUCGGGACGUGUAUCUGGAGAACAGCGGGGAGGUGCUGCCGAAAUUCUGUCUUUGAUAGGAGUAGAUCAUAUAAACUGACAUGAUCUACGCAUGGUCGGGUGGGAUUAGGACCUAUCUUUACCUACUAGAGUCUAAGCCGAACGUCUACGCAAGUACCACCGACUCGAUCCCGCCCAUACGCCCACGGCCUGAGACUUCAGUGGCCAGCAUGCACCAGAGACAGGUUAGUUUAGAUUUAGUUGCCGUUCUAUGAUUAAAAUGAAACUUUGCUUCGUAUUGUAACAUGGAGGUUUAAAUCUUGUAGGCCGAGAUGGAGGCUAAGUUUGAGGAGGAGAUGAGGUGCCGAAUGGAGAUCGAGGCCAAGUUGGAGCAGGAGCGGAAGCUGAGGGAGGAGCAGUCGGUUAUGUUGCACAGCAUGGUCACUUGGAUGCAAGGACUUAGCGCGUCGAUGAACUAUGCGACGCCGCCUCCUCCCUUCGCCUUACCAGCUCAGCCUUACUUUCCUGCAGGACCUUCUGACACUCCCAAUCAGUCGUGGAACGCAUCGAAUGACCCUCCUCCGGACCAGAACUCGCCGGCGGCUCCGUGGCAAUCUUGCCCCCCACCUGACCGUGAGUGACACCUGCUCGUAGCUUGUACACUAGUGGACUUGGCGCGUCGAUAGACUCUUAGCUUGUGGACAUAUUUUAUGUAUUAGACUUUAUA